CUGAUCUGCAAAGGAAACACUGAAGAAAGAGGGAUUUACUUUUGAAGUUUUCACAUACUCUGCUAGGAUCAAAUCCACCUGCUUUCUUCGCACAUCCCAAAAGAUCUCUUUGCCGAGUUUAACAGUGAUUUUACGAUACAUCCCAAGUGUAUUCUUGAAAUCAUGAACUGCACGAAGACGCUGUAGCUCAUUCUGAAGGAAUCUAUGCUGCAUGGAAAGGAAUCUCAUUCUUUGAAUGCAUUGAACUGAAAAGAUAAUCUAUUGUAAUGGUAAGUCUGGGAGCGCUGGAAAAGAAGCAGCAUCAAUUAAUAACAAACACGAUUUAACAUAUAUCCCGCUUUACACGCAUGUUCUAAAGCUAUUGUGCAUCUUAUAUUUUUAUGUUUUAUCAAGCAAAAAAAAAUGCUCUUAGAGAUGUAUUUCUGGAAUUAUGGCAUUAACUAGAAAUCAAAGACUCGUAUUAGGAUUGCUUGUUCUUAAGGACAUGAGAGCCACCCAAAGCCAACUUGUUGAGUGUGAGAAUUUGCACUCUGUAAACUCAAGGUGCCUACAUACUCGGCAGUGUAUCUAAUGGGUAGAUCUCAAACCUGUUUCUUGUGCCCCUCUUGGGUACUGGUGCUUUGCCUUGGCUUGAAGAUUUGGUAACAAUGAGGACUCUGUAAGACCAGAAACAUGAGCAGCAACCCAUCCUCUGCAAAGCCAGUUGUCAAAUUCAUCUACGUGCCAGCAUCCCUACAAGGUGGCGCUCCAUGGGGAUUCUCUUUGAAAGGAGGACUCGAACACAGGGAGCCCUUAACCAUCUCCAAGAUUGAAAAAGGAGGAAAGGCAGAUGCAUUGCAGUCCAAACUUCAGAUUGGAGAUGAAGUAGUGAAGAUCAAUGGUGUGGAGCUGAGUGGUUCUAGAAGGGAAGCCAUCACACUGGUAAAAAGCUCUUUCAAGGACCUCCAGCUGACUGUACAAAGGGCAACUGGCUUACACAAAAACAUUUCUGUGGAAGAAAACAUACCUGUGCUUGGCUCCCCAGGAUCCCCAAAACAGAGUUUAUUUAAUGAGAAGGAUCUGGACAAAGCUUUUAUUGCUAAAUCCAUCAACUUUGAAACGGUCACCCAUAGCCCAUCACCAGCAUGUACAGUGCAAGAACCUAAACUGAGAAUCAAGAGCAGGCAAGGUGAGCCAAUUCAUCGUCCCCACUCUUGGCAUUCAACCAAAUUACUGGAGUCCCUACCCAAUCCCAGCAUGAUGCAAAUAUCCCAGGGGACGAUAGGAUCUCCAUGGCACCAAGUCUAUCAUUCAAGCUCUUCCACAAGUGAUCUCUCCAGCUACGAACAUGGGUACUUAAGACGGAGCCCUGAUCAAUACAGCUCAAGAGGGAGCAUGGAAAGCCUGGAUCACACAUCACACACGUAUCACUCUUACCACUAUCUUUCACCAGCAAAGUCCACCAACUGCAUUGAUCAACUUGCUCAUCUCCAUAACAAAAGAGACUCUGCCUACAGUUCCUUCUCAACUAACUCCAGCAUACCAGAAUACCAUCCCACCUCGUUCUCCAAGGAAAGGUCCUAUUCUAUGGAAAGUAUGCACUCCCGUAAUAACGUACAAGAAGGAAUAAAGCAUGCAGAUAUCAGGUAUAUCAAGACAGUCUACGAUGCUCAACGUGGUGUGUCUGAAGAGUACGAGGUGAACUCUUCCUCAGUCAAGAACCGAAACUUUAAUAGACUUACUAAUUCCAACAGAAACAGUGGUGGCCCACCUGGCAGAUUGGAGCAAAGCAGAGUUUUUUCUGAGAGUGAUUGCCUGGAAAGGGGGGCACCUAUGCCUCCUACACGCAGUGACAGUUAUGCAGUAACAAGGCAUCAUGAAAGGCCCAGCUCUUGGUCAAGCAUAGAUCAGAACCGAUGUUUGAGAACACUCCCCAAAGCAACUGGAUCACAUCCUGUCAGUGGUACUAGUAAUUUGAGUCAGCAGUUGAAGCCAACAUUUGGUGAUGGGCAGCUGCACACUGUUUUGGAGAAGAGUCCAGAAAGCAGUCCAUUGAUAAAACCUAAGCAAAUCUGUCCACAGGCCCCACAGCCUGGACAGCCAAUGCUUCCUACUGGAAUCUAUCCAGUGCCAUCUCCGGAGCCACAUUUUGCACACGCACCACUGCCUCCUAAAAACAACUCUGGAAGCCUUUACCCAGCUCUAGCCAAAGAGGGAGCAUACAGUUCAACACCUUCAGUCUUUGUAGAAAAACCUGAACCAACCCCACAGUGUGAUAACAAGGGAAAGGAUUACAAAUUUCUCCAAACUAGAACCACUAAGCUUCAACCAACAAACCAUACUAAUAAAGAUAAAGAGAAAAAACAAGAGGGUGCUAGCAAUUUUGCUCCAUACAAACUGCAUUUUUCAAUGGGAUCUGAAACUUGUACAAGUUGUCCAAAAAGUGAAAAGGACACAAAUGUCUCACAAACAAAUCACUAUGUCUGCAACAGUGACCAGCAGAUUAAAGCCGGAGUAAAGAUUGCAACAAAAAAUCAAACCUCAACUCGUGUUGAAAAGGGGAGAAAGUGUGAAGUGCAGGGAUUUCAUAUCCCUGUAGAAAGUGAGACAGUGGGUUCAAUUCAAAAUCACCGGGAUGAAAUUAAAGCCAAACAUGAGAUUUCACCAACACCAGUCAAUACAAAAACAUACGGAAUACAAAGUGGCACUGAUACGCUAGAAGAUAAGCGGUGGGGUAACACCUCCACUUCCAACGGCAAAGCUCAUGACAAACCUCACCAACAAGACUCUGAUCAUAGAAAUAAAUUAGACAGCCCAAGCUUUACAAAAUUAAUUGAUGAUAUAGACAGUUCAGUGAUGCUUUAUAACAAAAAUGUAAAACCUGAAGAGCCUGUUUCCCCAUCUCAAAAUAAAAUAUGUGAUUUUACCAGAAGAAGGUUAAGCUCAAGCAGCACCCAAAGCACUCACAGCGUACAGUAUGGGAAGGGAGAGGUGAAUAAACCCCGGUCUUCAGUGCUAGAAAAAAUCUCCAUGAUAGAACAAAGGGAGCAAGAGAGUCAACGAUCUCAAGUCACCGCGGGAAAUCAUUAUACCCACCCGACAGGGCAAGCUAAUAGGUCAUCAAACAACAGAGGAUCUGUAAACAGUAUUGAAGAAAUACGAAACAGGUUUAAUUCCCAGGAACAUAAUUUGUGUAGCGAGAAGCGUAGGCUGUCAAGUUCCCACAGCACAGAGAAAGAUACAGGUGCUCAGCAGUUAAAAAGAGCAGGCAGUGUCUACAGCAUGAGAGCAGGAGAAUCUCAAAAACAAGUGGUGGCGAGUCAAGUAGACAAAACACAGCAAUAUAACCAUGAACACUAUGUCUUGCAAGCAAUGCCAGCUGACAAUAAAAGAACAGUUGAUACCCAAACAAUGCCAAAUAAAGACGACCACUGGCAAAGUUCUCAGCAAGACACUCUUGGAUUUAACAGGUCUUAUAGGAACAGCAUCAAAGAUGCACAAUCCAAGGUGCUAGAAGCAACAUCUUUUCGACGCAAAGAUCUAGAAAUCAGCCCACCUCAAUAUCAGAAACAAGGAAAGAACGUCAAAAGACCUACGUCAGCUGUCCUAUAUAGCAAGACUUCACCUGUGUCCCCUCAUGUGCCAAAAGAAAGGCACAGCAUCACUCCAACAGAUAGCUGUGCUAAAGUUCAAGAUAUUCCGAGCCAAGGGGUUUCAUACCCAGUAACUCGCAUUGGACCCCGGAGACGGUUGACAGCUGAGCAGAAAAAAAGGUCCUACUCUGAGCCAGAAAAGAUGAAUGAGGUGGGAGCUACUGAGAAUGAAUCAUCACGCAAUGUUCAAAAGAAGGGGCAAAAUGUCAGCUUCUUGGAGAACACAGUGGCAGACAGGCGCCGAAUAUUUGAAAGAGAUGGUAAGGCUUGUUCCACUGUUAACCUGUCAAAGCCAGAGCUUAAGCAGCUCCAGCAAAAUGCUCUUGCAGACUAUAUAGAGCGCAAGACUGGCCGAAGACCUUCCUCUCAAGAAGGUGGAUUAUUAAAAGAAAGGUCACAAAGUAGCUAUUUCUCGGGGAGCAUCAUGGAUAACCAGAGUAUCUCUUCAACAUCUAGCAUGAACUCUCUACAGGAGCACCUCCCUGGACAUGCCUGGGAUAUUAGGAAUACGAUUUCUAAAACUGGACGCGUUUCCUCCACUCUUCCACCGGGACUAUCAGGGAUUUUUGACCUAGACAGCUUUGAGCAAGACACAGACCAUCACAUAAGCAGGACCCGCAGUAGCUCUUUCGCUCACCACAGGUUACUUGAUUACAGGACAAAAACUGAGCCAAGUAUGAGCCCCCAGGUGACCAAGCACACAGAAUUCACAUCAUCAACAGCAGUUGAUUAUAAAAAAAGCAUAGGAGAAAGAAAGUCUGGUAAAUCCGCAUCUGCUGAGGAUUUGAUUGACACAUUACAGCAAACAGUUACCCACCAUGUCAGGUCAAGAUCAUCUCCUGCUGAUGACAAGAAAAGCCGGGAUCUCAUGAGCAGGCAGGACGUCAAUGUCAAAAGCACUUCGUAUGGUUCUUAUCAAGGAUUCAGUGUCUUGAAAAGCAGAAGUGGAGUUAAAACGGAUAAAGGAUCUUUCCGUAGCACUUUAGAGUCUCAUCAAGAUAAUGGUGGUGGCACAGGAGAAAAAAAUCUCCCUCCUACAAGCAGUAUUGCCAUACAGAACACUGCGUAUAUGAACGCGAAAAACCAGGUUAUACCCCAAAGCCUUAAACCAGAGUUUGGAAUUCCUAGCCAUUUACAUGAGUAUAAGUCAAUAACCGUGCCAUUGCCAAGUCAACCAAAUCCUUCUAAAACUGUUGAAGUCUCCACCACCCAUUGCAUACCAGAUUUUGCUGAAGAAUGCCUCUAUAAUAGGAAAAGGGUUGUAGAUAAAGAAGCAUCUCCUAUGCACGACCACAAAUCAUAUGAACAUUCCACAGAAAAAGUAUCCAUUAAGAAGGCUACCCCACCACAGAGGCCACCACCCCCCAAAAUUAAAUGUACCAAAUUCACCAGUGAACAACAGUUUCCACAGGAAAAGACUCCUUCUCCAACAUUUGGAAAUAAACUUUCUCCUAGAUGGAAUAGCAAUUCUAUGUGGAGCAGCAGUUCCUCUGAACCAGAGGCCUCUUCUCACUAUGGAAAAAUAUCUCUUCGCAUAUCCGAAUCUUGUCUUCAGUCAUCCUCCCCUUUUGUGGGGCAAGAUGAAGAAGAUGAUGAGGUAUUCAUGAAAGAGCCAGAGGUAGAUGCAUUUUACAGAGAUCCGGCUAUUCCUCCAUCUCCACCUCAUUUUGCACCUCCCACCAUAGAUGAUGCUCUUCUCAACGAAAGCACAAAGCCACAGCCAAAUCCUUCUCCUGGGAUGUAUGAAAGCAAAGACACCUUGUCAAACUCUGUCAAAGAUGAGGACAAAGAAAGGUCUUCUGUUGUGAUUGAAGAGAUGGCUAUAGCACCCCAAAGUAUGAUUACAACUCGUACACCCAUUAAAAAUUAUGAACAACCACUAGAAAGACCUUUCAGUGCGGCACAAGAACCACAACCAACCCCAGACAGUGGGGUAGUAACUCAUAACUAUGCAGAACAUUCUACCCCUCAUAAAGACAUGGUGUCUAGUGCUUCUCAACGUUUGGAGAUGGAGUACCUUCCCUGUGAAAACCGCAGCACCUUAACUUCCUUCCAGACUGAUAUAAUGUCUCCAGAAGAUGUCAAGACUCAGGAGUUGGCUAAGGAGAUUGUAGACAAAGACAAGUCUCUUGCUGACAUUUUGGAUCCUGAGUCAAAGAUGAAGACCACGAUGGACUUAAUGAGUGGUCUGUUUACAAAAAGCAGCAGAGAAUUGAAGGAUAAUAACAGGAAGUGGAAAGAAGACAAAAGUGCACAAGACAUGGUCGCUUCAGUGGAAAAUGGAAAAAAAGAAGAAAGAAAAGAAACCUCAGAAAAUACAGACAGAAGCUUUGCAUACUAUGCCAUUUCAGCCCCCAAAGCUGAACUCCUGAAGAAAAGCAAACAGAUGCUGGAAGCUGCGGGGACAGAAGAUUUUGAUGUGAAUGAAAAGAAGGCAGAGCUGAUUACCAGCCUUACGCACAAGCUGGAGGUUCUCCAGGAUGCCAAGGAAAGCCUUCAGGUCGACAUCAAGCUUAACAACAAGCUCGGAGAAGAGGUGGAGGCACUGAUUGAAAGCCUCUGUAAACCCAAUGAGUUUGAUAAAUAUAAAAUGUUCAUAGGAGAUCUGGAUAAAGUGGUGAAUCUGUUGCUGUCACUCUCAGGACGCCUGGCAAGGGUGGAGAAUGUACUUAGCAAUUUGAGCGAAGAUACAGGUGCUGCGGAAAUGAAAAUAUGGAACGAAAAGAAAAAACAACUCUCUGGUCAACACGAGGAUGCCAGGGAACUUAAAGAUAAUCUUGACCGCCGUGAGAAGUUGGUGAUGGACAUCUUAGGAAACUACCUCACAGGGGAACAGUUUCAAGAAUACCAACAUUUCGUCAAAAUGAAAUCCGCCUUACUGAUUGAACAGAGGGAGCUAGAUGACAAAAUUAAACUCGGACAGGACCAGUUAAGAUGCUUGUUGGAAAGUUUGCCUAGUGAUUUCCAAAUCAGAGGAAAAGUGCCUUCGAAAGAAGUCGCGUCACCUUUGAGACAGAUGAAUUUACCUCCACCAUUAACCUCUUCACUUUAACGUUUCCUGCAGCCACCUGCAGGCAAGAAAUAACAAGCACUGAUAAUUUAAAUACAUAAAUACGUUUUCAUAAAAAUAUUGAUUUUAAAUAAGAUCUCUUGGUGUUUUUUUUUAUUAUUAAUAUUUUUUUUUUGCCAUGCAAUAUUUUCACCUUGUAGAGCCAGAGCUAUAAUUCUUGGAGCUCGAGGUAAGGUUGGAUAUGUCCUGUGCUGAUAAGUAUAGGGCUUCUCACCUUGCUGCCCCUGAGACAGCUGCCCUCCUGCCCCGUGGAGACUAUAACUCCGUGUAGAUCUUUUCUAACGGAUCACACACAAAAAUAAUAAAAA